UGUAUAUCCAAACAAAUUAAACAAAAGCUAUGAGAUCUUUAACUUUUGAAAAAGUAUGCCCUCUAGUUUACUGCCUUUUCUUGUAUGUUCACCUACUUUCAUCGCAAAACUACUUUUCACAUUUUGCUUCUGCUAGUUCAACUACUGAAGCAGAGGCUCUUCUGAAAUGGAAAGCCAGCUUUCUAAAUCAAACCUCCCAUAAUAACCAGCUCAAGGAUUGGAUUUACCUUCCCAAGACUACUGAUACGAAUACCACCAAUUCUUCCAACAACCCCAAAGCAAACGAAAGCCCAUGCAUUUGGACUGGUAUUUCAUGCAAUGCCGCUGGAAGUGUCACCAACAUAACCAUUGCCAGUUCCGGUAUACAAGGUAUGCUACAUGAAUUUUCAUUCUCAUCCUUCCCUAAUCUCGAAUAUCUUGACCUCAGCUUGAAUAAACUUUUUGAUGUCAUCCCACCUCAGAUCAGUUCCCUCUCCAAACUCCUCCAUCUUGACCUCUCCAAUAACCAGUUCUUCGGGAGAAUUCCACCAGAAAUCGGUCUACUCAGAAAUCUUACCUUUCUCUAUCUCUACAGAAAUAAUCUCUCUGACACCAUUCCAAAAGAGUUAGGGAACCUGAAAUCUUUGGUGCAUCUAGAGUUGAAUGCUAAUCAACUCAAUGGUUCAAUUCCGACAACGUUGGGUGACUUGCAUAACUUGAAAAUUUUACACCUAAGUGACAACCAGCUUUCUGGCUCCAUCCCUCAAAACCUAGGGAAUAUCCAAAGUUUGACAGUACUGGAAUUAGAUAACAACCAAUUUUCGGGUUAUUUGCCACAAAACAUUUGCCGAGCUAGAUCUCUUAUAAACUUUUCAGCAUCCUCCAACCAUCUGAUUGGUCCAAUACCCAAAAGCCUGAAAACCUGCACGAGCUUAUUCAGAGUUCGUCUUGAAAGGAACCAAUUGACAGGCAACAUAUAUGAAGACUUUGGUGUUUAUCCGAGUCUCAAUUUUAUAGAUUUGAGCAAUAAUCAAUUCUAUGGAAAAAUCUCGCCAAAUUGGGGAUUGAGCCCAAAUUUAACAACCCUACGAAUAGCAGGAAACAACCUUAUUGGUUCUAUACCAGCUGAGAUUGGAAAUGCAACCCAAAUUCAUGAGCUGGAUCUUUCAUCAAAUGGUUUAGUCGGGACAAUUCCAAAGGAGUUCGGGGGAUUAAAUUCAAUGGUGAACCUGAUGUUGGAUGGCAAUCAACUUUCAGGUCGUGUCCCUUCAGAGUUUAAAUCAUUGACUGAUCUAGAAUAUCUUAAUCUGUCAGCAAACAAAUUCAAUGGUUCAAUUCCAAGCUUCGUAGGUGACUUUCUCAAGUUAAAUUACUUGAACUUGAGCACCAACAAGUUCAGUCAAGCAAUCCCAUUUCAGUUGGGGAAGUUAAUUCAUCUUUCCCAACUAGAUUUGAGUUUUAACGCACUUGAAGGUCAGAUACCAUCAGAUAUUAGCAACAUGCAGAGUCUGAAGAUACUUAAUAUAUCCCAUAACAAUCUUUCUGGUUACAUUCCAACAAGUAUGGAAGACAUGCAUGGGCUAACGUAUGUUGACAUAUCCUACAAUCACUUGGAAGGUCCACUUCCCAACAUCAAAGCAUUUCAAGCUACUCAUCCAGAAGCAUCACAAGACAAUAAAGGCUUGUGUGACAACUCAAGUUUUUUGCAACUCUGCAAUAAUGAAAGCCCAAAAAAGGACCAUAAACUCGUACUUUUGAUUAUCUUCCUUGUUCUUGGAGCAAUUGCACUUCUAGCCUUUAUAUUUGCUUUUGUACCAAAAAGGAAAAAGAAGCAUCUAGAAGAAAGAAACAGGGAUGACGAAAUUUCUUUUUCUAUAUUAAAGUUUGAUGGGAAGAUGAUGUUUAAGGAAAUCGUAAGGGCAACAGAAGAUUUUGAUCCCAUGCAUUGCAUAGGGCAAGGAGAACAGGGAAGUGUCUACAAAGCAACUUUGUCAUCCACUUGCACAGUGGCCGUGAAGAAACUCCAUUUGCUAUGCGAUGAUGACAAGAAUCUUCAGAAGGCAUUCUUGAAUGAAAUUAGGGCACUAACUGAGAUGCGUCACCGAAAUAUUGUGAAGCUUUAUGGUUUCUGUUCACAUAGGCGACACUCAUUUUUGGUGUAUAAGUAUCUUGAAAAGGGUAGUUUGGCUAGAGUAUUGAGCAAAGAUGAGGAAGCUAAAGAACUGGGGUGGAGUAAAAGGUUGAAUAUCGUGAAAGGUGUAGCUAGUGCCUUGUGUUACAUGCACCACGAUUGCUUGAAACCAAUUGUACAUCGGGACAUAUCGAGCAAGAACGUUUUGUUGGAUGCAAAGUAUCGGGCAUGUGUUUCAGACCUUGGCAUUGCUAAAUUCUUAAACCCAGACUCAGCUAAUUGGACUGCCCUUGCAGGCACCUAUGGAUAUAUUGCACCAGAGCUGGCAUAUACAAUGGUAGUAAAUGAGAAGUGUGAUGUUUAUAGCUUUGGAGUGGUGGCAUUGGAGAUAGUUAUGGGAAGACAUCCCGGAGAUCUUCUCUCAUCCCUAUCAUCGGGGUUGUCGUCGUCGUCGUCAUCAUCAACUGCCUUACCAGCCCAUCCAAUGCCAGUUGUGGAUGUUUUCGACCAACGAAUUUCCCCUCCAACACAUCAAGUUGCAGGGGAAGUGCUCUCGCUUAUAAAGAUAGCAUUUGCAAGCCUGAAUUCCUGUCCUCGAUCUCGUCCAACAAUGAAACAAGUUUCUCAAAAAUUUGAAACUCAUCAGAGGCUACAUUUGACGAAGCCAUUACGUAUGAUAAAACUAGGUGAAUUGCUUGCUUUCGAUGGUUUGGAUUUGGCUAUCUGAGAAUGUUUUUCUUUCCUAAAUUUCACUUAUUUGCUCAUAUGCUUUAACUUGGUUGCAUUAUUGUUCAAAAUGUUUUGUCUAUGUACAUGUAAAGAUAAAAUAAAUCAAAGAUUUCUUUGUAUAAUUGCAUGGUUCAACAUUUACACUAUUGUGUUCUCUUCUAGCUACUGUGAACCAAGUAAGACAAUAAUCCUAUUGGCUUUGUAAGUGAGAUGUGAAAGUUUUUGGGUUUGGGUUA